CACUCUGCAGCUGGUCGCCAGGGACCCGGUCCCUCCUGCGCUCCCAAGUGAUGGAGGGGAAGAGAUUCGCUUAGACACACACACGCGCACACAGCUGGGCACGUCUCCGGGAGGCAGCUGCCGGCUCGGGCGCUCUGGGGGCCGGGCGGCGGCCGUGACAGCGCCAGCCGCGGGGAGCGGGGCGCCCGCACAGCUUGGCACCGGAGGCUCGAGGACGCAGGAAGGGAAGAUCCCAGUCACACUGAGUGUUGCUCUUUUGGGCGGAUUGGGAGGGAGCGGGCUGCCCGAGGAGCUGUCACCGAGGACGCCCGAAGUCUCGCCCUCUGCGCGCAGGGUCCGGGGCUGCGCCGGUGCCCUCGUGGGGCAAGGAGGAUGCUCACCUCCCCCCGCAGAGCGGCUGCGGUCUCCGGCACUGCGCGGACUCCGGCUCCUGCGGCCGCCCGUGCCGUGCCCGCGCCACGGGAGCGCGCCCUGCCGCACCUGGUUCCAGCCUCUCAGGGAAGUGCAGGAAACGCGCCCUAAACUCCACUACUUCUCGCCCGCCUGCCCCCCCGCCCGGCUCCCCGCCUCAGACCUCGCCGCCGCCGCCGCCGCCGCCUCCGCCUGCGUGUGGGGCCCGCCCGCGUCUUACUCACACGCGCCACGCACAGCCCUGUUGGUUUGCUCUCAUUCACGCCGACUCGCUCUCCGCCGAGCCUAGCCCGGGCAUCCGAAACUACUGGACCAACUGCCGUCCGGACCGCAGCAGCGGCCGGGUGACCCCACGCGACCCGCCGCCGACCCCCGCGCCCUGAGGCUCCCGCCCGCGCCGCCACCGCCGGGGACCAUGAGAUAAUCAGAUACUCACUGUCUUCAGCAUUGGUGUCUUCUAUUCUCAACGGCAUUUCUGGUGGCCACCCCAGGAGUCUCCCUGACCUGUUUUAAAACCCUUGGAAAUUAAGGAGAGAAUCCACUACAUAUAUUCCUUUGAAAGUUUCCACCAUAUAUGUUCAAAAAUUGCUGAAUGAGCACAAGGAUUUGAAGGUGCUAAAGCAAGGGAUAAACCAAAAGGACAGCCAGUAGGUGAGGAGAGGCCAUGGAAUACCCGCCAACAAGAUAAUCAUCACUGGAAUAAUAGGGACCUGUCUGAAUGUAGGUGCGGUGGCUCAUGCCUGUAAUCCCAGCACUUUGGGAGGCCAAGGUGGGAGAAUCACUUGAGGUCAGGAGUUCAAGACCAGCCUGGCCAACAUGGCUGCAGCAGUCCUGAAGGUUGAUGGAGGGCCAUGCUAUUCAAACAGCAGGCGUGGCUGAGACAGAAGCUCCUGGUGCUGGGAAGCCUUGCCGUUGGGAGUCUCCUGUAUCUAGUCGCCAGAGUUGGGAGCUUGGAUAGGCUACAACCCAUUUGCCCCAUUGAAGGUCGACUGGGUGGAGCCCGCAGUCAGGCUGAAUUCCCACUCCGCGCCCUGCAGUUUAAGCGUGGCCUGCUGCACGAGUUCCGGAAGGGCAACGCUUCCAAGGAGCAGGUUCGCCUCCAUGACCUGGUCCAGCAGCUCCCCAAGGCCAUUAUCAUUGGGGUGAGGAAAGGAGGCACAAGGGCCCUGCUUGAAAUGCUGAACCUACAUCCGGCAGUAGUCAAAGCCUCUCAAGAAAUCCACUUUUUUGAUAAUGAUGAGAAUUAUGGUAAGGGCAUUGAGUGGUAUAGGAAAAAGAUGCCUUUUUCCUACCCUCAGCAAAUCACAAUUGAAAAGAGCCCAGCAUAUUUUAUCACAGAGGAGGUUCCAGAAAGGAUUUACAAAAUGAACUCAUCCAUCAAGUUGUUGAUCAUUGUCAGGGAGCCAACCACAAGAGCUAUUUCUGAUUAUACUCAGGUGCUAGAGGGGAAGGAGAGGAAGAAUAAAACUUAUUACAAGUUUGAGAAGCUGGCCAUAGACCCUAAUACAUGCGAAGUGAACACAAAAUACAAAGCAGUAAGAACAAGCAUCUACACCAAACAUCUGGAAAGGUGGUUGAAAUACUUUCCAAUUGAGCAAUUUCAUGUCGUCGAUGGAGAUCGCCUCAUCACGGAACCUCUGCCAGAACUUCAGCUCGUGGAGAAGUUCCUAAAUCUGCCUCCAAGGAUAAGUCAAUACAAUUUAUACUUCAAUGCUACCAGAGGGUUUUACUGCUUGCGGUUUAAUAUUAUCUUUAAUAAGUGCCUGGCGGGCAGCAAGGGGCGCAUUCAUCCAGAGGUGGACCCCUCUGUCAUUACUAAAUUGCGCAAAUUCUUUCAUCCUUUUAAUCAAAAAUUUUACCAGAUCACUGGGAGGACAUUGAACUGGCCCUAAAAUAAUAUGUCAUACAACACUAUGUGUUGUGCCUGGAGACACACAAUGUCUCCUGUAGAUUAAAAUAUGCACUUUUCCUAGGCAGAGCUAUCCAAGUCAUUUUUCCAUGUAUACUUGUACAUACGCAGUGUGUGACCAAAUAUAAGAUCAGUUCUUUUUCUACUGAAAAUUUACAAAAAAAAAAAAAAUGCUGUCUGCAUAGUCGCAUCUUUUAAGCUAUCUACAAAAGAGAAGAGGUGGUGGUAUUGGGGGAAAGUGACUUCAGCUAUUCUCAAAGAGUUAGUCUUCCUUUGAUUCAGAAUUUGUCACCCGCCAUUUUCAUAGAUUUAAGCCAAAAGAUAAAUGUGUGAAAAUGUACCAAUGGCUGCGAAGCUUCAGGAAGUAGAGGAUCCAGUGAUGCAUUUUUUUUUUCCUAAGGGAAAGCUGGCUCUUUAAUUCAGAUGCUGAAUUGGUGCCAUGAAAACAGAAAAUGCUAUUUUCUUAUUAUUUAAAAGAAUAUCUUAUCUCAUAAAAUUGACAUUGCUCCAAAGUUCUUGUGGUGAUUUUGCACUAUUGUUUUCUCGUAUGGACCAUGGUGUCACUUGUAGCAUGUCAGUCACACAUUGGAAAGUCAAGUCCUUUUACUUCCAUGUUGUAUGUCAACAGAGAGAAAUGUCAUGUACAUAAUGUAUACUGUUGUAAAUACUGGUUUCACACUAAGUAAUUCUAUUUUGUAAACUGAAUAUGGCUAUUUAAUUUAUUGUGAAAAUUAAAUUUAUUGUGGUAUUUAAAAAUGGAAUGGAUUAAAAUUACUCUAUGUGCAA